CAGGGCUGCUCAACAGAAUCCUCACACACAGCCAGGGAUAGACUGCUAGAUGUAGGCUAGAAGUUUUACGAAGACACUAUGGGCGUCGGGACCAAUUAAGCCUACUUUAUUUUGUAUGUGCAGUUCAGCCUAUCGUUUUUACAUAGAAAAGUAACAUCUGCCACUUUGAAUAAGCCUUUGUAAUCUUUCAUAUUUAAGAAACUGAAGCAAGCGACUCGCCAUUUAAUUAAUUCACGGCAUACAUUCACAUUAUUUGGAAAGGUUACUUUCCAUAUUAAACUCACUUCGGCAAUUAAUAAUCAAGGUUAUUUCUGUUUUUAUUCCAAGACAUACAUCUACAAGACUGUUUGCCAAGAAUGCUAGUACUGGCCUGGACUAGGUGUAGCUGUGUUUUCAUGCUGCUGUUUGCAGCAUUGAGAAUGGUAACGUCCCAAAAGGCAGAAGCGGGAUCCAAGGUGAACUCAAUCAAAUUGAGUCUUCUGGAACCUCCAACUGCGGCAACGAAUCGUUCUGGGACCGCAGUCACCAAGAAAUACAACCACCUUGCACAGCAGGUGUACCCUUGCAGCAAUGAUAAGGAAUGCAGCGUGGGAAGCUACUGCCACAGCCCUCAGCACGCCCCCUCCCGCUGCCUCACCUGCAGGAGGAGGAAGAAGCGUUGCAACAGGGACACCAUGUGCUGCCCCGGAAACCGCUGCAGCAACUAUAUCUGCAUUUCUGUUUCAGAAAGUGUUCUUCCACCACACAUCCCAGCUUUAGAAGACCACAACAAGUUCUCAAACAAGGAUAACAGCUGGAAAAAGAGUGGCAGAGCAAAGCCAAAGUUCUCUGUAAUCAAAGCUCACGAAGGAGAACGCUGCCUGCGUUCCUCGGACUGCUCGGAUGGCCACUGUUGCGCCCGUCACUUCUGGUCCAAGAUAUGCAAGCCGGUGCUGCGGCAGGGGGAGGUGUGCACCCGGCAGAGGAAGAAAGGCUCCCACGGCCUGGAGAUCUUCCAGCGCUGCGACUGCGCCAAGGGGCUCUCCUGCAAGGUCUGGAAGGAUGCCACCUCCUCCUCCACGUCCAGGCUGCACAUUUGCCAGCGGGUAUGAAGGACCGAUUUAGGUGCCCCCCCCCCCCCCCGGUGGAAGAUACUACUUUUGAGCAGGAGGGACUGUGAUGGAAGAGGCCUGGAGAGGAAGAGGCAGGGAGAGGGGGGCGGAGCCAAGUUCGGGAUGCAGCCAUGUCAGACUAGGGUGGGGCGGGGGGUGGAUGACGUUGACAAUGCUAUUGGAAUACCCUCCCCUCCUGUCCUUCUCGAAUAUCUUCAGUGCGGCAACCACAGGGGCUGCCAAAGCCCGCAGUUUGGCCUUCUGGUCAACUAAAGCCACGCAUACACGUCAAAACCUUCAAUCAAGGAGCUCGCAUUUUUAAAAUGGGUAGCUCAACAAGAAUUAUGAAGCAGUGAGGGAGAUGUAUUGGUAAAACAGCAGUGCUAAUGGCUCCAGUCCCUUGGUUCAUUUGCUGCGUUUUUUGGUUUGCCUUUUUUCUGGGUGCACUUCUGUUACGGGAAGGCAAACAAGACACACGCUUUACACUUUUCACAGCAACACAAAACCUGAAGAAUCUGUAUAAAUAUCAUGCAAAUCUGGCUGUGCUAACUGUGGUAUCAAUGUCAAAUGAAUUGAUUUAAGUCUAUAUUUUAGUCUAGUCAUUGUAGGUCAUGAGAUAAUAAGGCAUAUUUUUUGCUUUUAAUAGCAGCAAUAAUAACAGCAUGCAAAACUGUUAUAUUACCGAUUAUAUAAUAAAAUGAAUACAUUUAUUUUUGUAUAGGUAAGAGUGUAGGCAUUUAUAUUUUCUCUUAAAUGUGCCUUUUAUUGCCAAAGAGUUUAUUAACUAUUUCAAUUGUAAAUAGAAGCCACAUCAUGUUGCCACCUAGGGCAGUAGAAAUCACCAUUCAUGUCUCAUAAUAAUUGAUUGCCUUCAAAGGCAUAUUGAAAGUAAUCUGGCUGUAUUUCAAAAUGAGCAGCAUUCACGAAGUCAAACAUGGUUUUCAUUAUUUUGUGCACUUAAGUCUUGAAUUUGCGAAACUGUUGUAGAUUUAUGUAUCCUUGUCAUUGUUGGUUAGCCUAGGCUUCAAGAGAAAUUGUCCACAUACAACUGUGAUAUUUCACCUCACUCGCAGAGUGGUGUGGGACCUAAUCUUGGGGCCCCAAAUCAUAUCCAAACACAUUACUCUCUGAUGAGAAGACUGAAUGACUGUACAUUUUGUGAAGGCGGUACAAAUAGAUUUUAAAGUAUUUCUACUAAUAGUGAAUAAUACUACCUUUGGUUGUGAUGUUAGAUGUACGGAACCAUCAACAUUUCCCCAGAAUUUCCUGAUAUUUAUUUCCUCUGAAAAUCAAAAUGUACAUAGACCCAGACUAUAUCAAUAACAAUGACUGCACAUCCAGAUAAACUGGCUUAAGUAUUUUUUUUUUGAAAUAUUUUUAUGAAGAUCAGUUUAAAUACAUGCUAUGUGCAACUGAAUGUGUUUUAUCCAUCUGCAAUGUCAAUAAAAUGUCUUAUAAAUACACAGCCACCUGCUUUCUCUAAAUGUGGUUGCUUUUAGUUGAAACCUAAAUGGGUUAAAACUUUAAAUUAUUGUUUUCCAGAAUGCUUGUUUAUUUCAGGAGUCUCUUGUAGCUAAUGAAUUUUAUUUUUCUGUUGUCUAUACAGUGUAGCUGUAUUGUAAAUAACCAGAACAUUUUUCAAAAUGCACUUACAAACAAAGGCAUGAAUAUAUCACUUACAUAUAAUAAUAAAAAAAGAGUGACACUGAGUUCUAAGGUAGAUGUAAGAGGUGAAGGGCCAUGUUUUUGCGACAGUGGUCGGACAAAUGCAAGGGGUCUUUUGGGAUUGAUAUUCCUGUAUUGCUCAAAAUGAAUAUUUGUCACCAGUACCUGGUUUGGUAGUUUUGUGGUAUGCAGCAGACAUAUUUGUUUCAACUUGGGUUGGGCAGCGCAACAGGUGCUGUGUCAAUAAAAAAAAUUGGGCACUU